GUGGCAAGCUAUAUCUCUUCCAUUCCCACCAUUUCCUCCUCUUCUUAUCUUAUCUGCAACAAGGUGAUUAAAGAAAAGUAAGGUGUCGCUCUGGGUAAGGGAGCUGAGUCAGUGUAACCUCGGUCGGCGCUGCCUUACCAAGGACUGGUGAGUGCAGGAGAGGCAGUGUGUACACAACAGCUCUGACGAGAGCACCUCCUCUCUACUUCCAAGAACAACACGUAGGGAGAUUUGGUAUGUCCUGUUUAUUAUCCGCGACCCCCUUAAGUCUACAGUGUUUUGUGCGAUACGUCAAAGAGGAUUACGUUUAGUGGUUCUUUCAUAGAAACGAAUGUGUUGCGUUGCCAUACUUAAGCUCAAGAAGGUGGCAUUGUGUGGAAAAUUACUACAUUUUUAAUAAACGCUAAAUCCGUGUGUCAUUUAUUGCUUGUGCGUGGAGCUGUGAUAUUUGUGGAAAAAGUAUAACACUGACUGCUCCCUCAACAUAACUUCUUCGAGUGUUGGUCUGUGUUUGUUCAUUUACUACCAGUGUCAUUUAAGAAUAAUGAGCAUAAUUUCAAGUAUGCAAGUGAAGGUAUUGAGUGCAGCGAUAGUAGCAGUAUUGUGGUCUACAGCUUCACCUGUCAGGGCCUAUAAGGCCUUAGACUACGAGUAUCUACAUGAGCUACAUAAUGGUUCGUCAAUAAAGUCCUAUGGGGAUCUGUCUCCUACAUACAGUGUUGCGUACACCACUCGGAUGUAUAACGCAACAUUGCAUAAAUGUCGGUGUUUGGGGGACCAAGUGUGGGAUGGGUGGAGGUGCUUGAAUACCUCGACCAUUGUGGUAGUGCAUAACCCCAUCACAAAACACAUUAUUGCAGUCCAGACGAGAGAAUUUGGUAAUGUGGAGACCGGGUUGCCGCAGUGUGCUGCGGGUGAGGUCCUUGCAUUACUCGACUCAAACCGGGGCUCUGUGCAACAGUUUUCCCUUCUGGACUCUGGAUACUUAUACUGGCAACAGCGCCAAUAUGAAAAGUAUUGUAUUGAUCACACAAUGGAUAAUAAUGGGGAACCACUCUCUUGGGAGGCGCUUGUAUGUCUUCCACCGCCGAAGGUGCCCCUUUGCUGUCCCCAGGGUCCAGGCCUCGCACCAAACUAUUCAUGUGCUACCCAUUUCGGUCAAGUCAUUAUCGCACCGCCUGUCAUGGUAGAUGGGGUGCUUACAGACUGGCCGGCAGGAGUAAAUGGAGAUAUCAUCAACGUAACCUGUAAAGGACUUCAAGAACUGGUAAAUCUAAGUUUGAACAAUCUUGAGAUUCAUCUUAACUAUCAGUCAGGUAAUGUUUCAUUAGUGUGGUCGUCAACCAAUUUACAAGGAGCUAAGCAACAAGAUUUCUGCGUGUCUGUGGAGGAAGGAAGAGAGGAUUAUAUUGUCAAAACCUGCUAUGAGGACCCUGUUGCUAGCCACUACACACAGUGUAGUAAUGCCACCUGCGUGCGGAAGUGUUGUCCAGAAAGUCAGUUAAUAGUUGGCUACAGCUGUGACGAUGCCAUAUACGAAAGUGAAUUUUGGAACCCUACAUUUUAUGAUCCUGACAGUGUGUCCCAAAUAGUACCCUCACCAUCGGGUCUAAAAAUUGUUUAUGGAUUUCCACUAUGUGAGAAUUUUUUUGUGAUUGGAGAUUUUGAGUCAGAAAAUACCAAUAUUUCUUUGCUGAAUGAUGGGUAUCUCUACGCCUCAGGAUACAAGGACGCGUAUCCGCCUGAUCGUUACUGCCUGGAUAAGUUCCGUAUAGAACCCUCAGCUUCCACUCAGGCAUUGCUGUGCUUCGAUGACAACACUGAGGCGUCGACUUGCAGCAAAGUGAGGAGCUACCUGUACCCGAGUCUCCUGUUGGUCUCAUGUAUGUUCCUCAGCUUGACACUGGCGGCGUACGCCAGUUUGGCUGAGCUGAGAAACAAGUUACACGGAAAAUGUUUGCUCUCUCUUGUCUCAUCACUUCUCAUCGCCUACAUCUUGCUCGCCAGUAUAUUCCUCACCAAAGUUAAUAUUUCCACUGGACUCUGCAGAACCAUAGACUUGUCUCCUGCCCAAGCAAAUGUUCCUGAAACUUGUACAACCACUUCCACGGCCGACAACACUGUUUAUUCUACUUCAACCACCACCUCCCUCGACUCCCAACCUUUUGAUACACCACCAAUACACCUCUCCACUGUUCCUGCCAACCCAGUCUCCUGCCAUUACCAUUGUAAACCCGCCCUCUAUAUCUCUUCUGAGGAAAAGGAGGAAGAUGAUGAAGACUCCUGCAUCAGUUCACCUACUUGA